UGAACAAGGGAUGGACAUGCUAGCAGUGACGGCCGGGGCGCAGGAAGGGAUAGAGAGGGAGUGUGACAGCUGACAGGCCAUUGGGAAACACACAAAAGGAGAGAUACAGACAUAAGAACAAGGACAUAAGAGAACGGUGGAAGGGAGGAGACGAGGUGGAAAGGAGAAAGAAGAAAGAAGGAUUGAAGUUGAAGUGUUUAGUUGGAGAGUUGGAAAGAAGAAGGAAGAAGAAGGAAGAAGAAAGGGGUGAAGUUAAGCUGUGAAGUGGAAAAAGGGAGGAGCUAGACGAGUUGGAAAGAAUUAAGAAUAAAGGAGAAAAGAAAAAGAAAGAAAGAAGAAAGGAGUGAGAGUUAAAAGUGUGUAGUGGAAAAGAAAAAGACGAGGUAUAAAGAAAAAAAAUGGGAAGGAGGUUGUGUUUGAAGUGAAAAAGAAGCAGCCUAUUUUUUUUUACAUAGUGAAAGAAAAAUGGAUAAAUUGUAGUAGCCUAUUGUGAAAAGGAGGUACUAGAAAAGAAGAAGAAGAAGAAGACGACGAAAAAGGAGAGAGAGAGAGAGAGAGAGAGAGAGAGAGAGAGAGAGAGAGAGAGAGAGAGAGAGAGAGACUUCCUGCCUUCCUGACCAUCUCUCAUUAUACGAAGUUGCCUCAGAGUCACACGCACGCACACACGCACACACCAGCUGAUCAAAACUCAAGCACACCUCCUCCCUAAUAUAUUCCAAGCACGGCCCUGAAACAAAGUACACAGCGACAAUACCCAAAUUCUCCGCCCCCCGCCCAGUCGCCGGCAUGAGGAGCCCUGACGGAGACACCACGAGCCAGGAGAGCGUCGGGGUGGUGAUGGACGGCACGAGGCAGCAGGAGGAGGCGGUGGAGGCGGUGGCGGGGCGCGGCGGAUCAAGGAAGAACAGCCCCGCCGCCGAUGCAACGACUUUCCGAGUGUACAGACAGAGGUGGUUGGUGCUGCUGACGGUGGUGUUGUUGAAUAUAUCCAACGCCGGGCUCUGGAUCAACAUCGCGCCCGUGUCGUACAAGGCGGCGGAGUACUUCAACGUGGCCAUCGCAGACGUCAACUGGUUCAGCCUCACGUUCCUCUUCGUGUCCAUUCCCUUCUGCUUCAUCUCCACCUUCAGCGUCAACCAGCUGGGCCUCAGGGCAGCGAUCCACAUCGGGGGCGCCCUCAACUGUAUCGGGGCCGUGGUGCGCGCUCUGUCCACCGCUGGGUUUCUCCCGCACGAGGCUGAGUUCCCUGUGUGUCUGGCGGGGCAGGUGGUGUCCGCGAUGGCCCAGUCGUUCCUGCUCUUCAUCCCGACAAAGGUGUCUCAGUUGUGGUUCCCCGAGUCUUCCCGCGCGCUCUCCACCACCAUCCUCUCCAUGUCCAACCCCUUCGGCAUCCUGGUGACGCAGGUGGCCUCUCCGCUCCUGGUGCAAGAGAAGGAGCAGAUCCCGACUCUUAAUUAUGUCUUCGGGGGCCUGGCCAUCCUGUGCGAGCUGGUGACCAUCGUCUGUAUCACCAGGUCGAAGCCGCCGACGCCGCCCAGCCACAGCGCGGCCCGCGGGGAGAGGGACCGCGCCUCGUACCUGCAGCAGCUCAAAGACACCUUCACCUGCAUCCCGUACCUGCUGCUGCUGCUGGCCCUCGGGUGCGGGGUGGCGCUGUUCUCGGCCCUGGCCACCGUGGCGCAGCAGAUCCUCUGUCCCCUCGGCUACGACGAUGUAUUCAGCGGCGUGGCUAUGGCGUUGCUGAUCCUGAGCGGCUUCGUGGGCUCUGCCGUGACGGGCAUAGCUGCUGACCGCACCAAGGCCUUUACUCCUAUCACCAAGCUCUUCUACGGCUGCGCGGCCAUCUUCGCCAUUGUCAUGAUGGAGAUGUUCCUCGUGCCCAACCAGCCUGUCAUUGUGGGUCUCUCCUGCGCCCUCUUUGGGUUCUUCGGCGUGGGGGCGUACCCGAUCGGCCUGGAGCUGGCGGUGGAGGCGACGUACCCUGUGGAGGAGAGCAUCAGCACCGCCUUCAUCUUCAUGUCCGGCCAGGCUCAGGGCGUCAUCAUCAUCGCCAUGGUCACGCUGCUCUCACGCGACAUGAAGCCCGCGUAUGAGUACCUGGAGGUCUGCACUGUCGAGGAGAACUCCGACCUGCACCCCAUGGACUACUCAAUCUCCCUGACGGGGAUGAUGGCGCUCCUCACCUUCGUCGUGCUCCUCAUCAUCAUAUUCUUCAAGACGCCGUACAAGAGACUGGAGGCUGAGAGCGCAUCCAACCCGGACAUCUCAAACGCCUCCUCCAGCCACUCCCUCACCGCCACUUCGGGCUACGGCUCAGAGGUCGUCUCAAGAAACAAUACUACCACCUCAAACUCCUCCAAAACCCGCGUCACGGUGCUGGCCAAGGACGAGGCGAAGGAGGCGGCGACGGAGGCUGACUCAGACGUCGAACAGUGCCGCUUGUAGGUCCUGCGGCGGGUGUUUGUGCCGUGGAGGAAGAAACAGACUGUGGUGGAGGUGGUGGGUAGUGGUGGUGGUGGCAGGUAGUGGUGGAAAGCAAGAGACCACUUUUCUUCCUGUUCCAUACUUCCUUCUCCUCUUCCAUGCUUCCCCAUCACCUACGCCACCUACUCCUCCUGUUCCGUGCCUUCUCCUCCUCUUCCGUGGUGGUGGUGGUUGGAAGUGGAGGGUGGAGAGCAGUUAUCCUUCAGUUCCAUACCUCCUCCUCCUCCUCCUUCACCUCCUAUCGCUAACUUGCCACUGCCGCCGUCGAUGAUUAAUAGUUCGCCCUCACAAGCCGCAAGUCGACGCCAGGGAAUGUCAGUGAUUUCAGCGGGUCGUCUGUUGGCAUGAGGGCAGGUGAGAUCAUCCCGCUGUCACGAGGAGCACAGUUUAGGCUACCCGCCACUCGCCACACAUAACGUUAACGAUCUCAGUGUUUAGCCGUCUCGUACCGUUAGGGAACCGCCGACACUAUUUAUUAGCAGUGAUAUUUUUUUGGAGUUCAUUCGUAGUUAGGCUGAAAAGUCGAAAAAUAAAUGAGUUUCACA